ACAUUGAAGAAGAAGCGAGGAGGAAGCAGAAGGACGCGCAGUGCCUUUGCAGCAUCCCAGUCACACACGCACACAUACACACACACAGAGAGAGAGAGAGAGAGUGUGUGUGUUUCUGCACAGCUGCUGGUCGACACAGACGCUCCGCUCCGUCCCAUACUGACUGCGGGCCACUGACAGCAGGCGCAGCCCACCCCUGAUUCCCAUUAGGAUCUUCUCUUCCCUCUUGGAGACCCUCUCCACCCCCCACAUCCAGCAGCCAUGGCCGAUGACAGCGACAUGCGCAAUGAGCUGUCAGACAUGCAGCAGCGCGCCGACCAGCUGGCCGACGAGUCACUGGAGAGUACUCGCCGUAUGCUGCAGCUGGUGGAAGAGAGCAAAGAUGCUGGAAUCAGGACUUUGGUCAUGCUGGACGAGCAGGGAGAGCAACUCGAUCGUGUUGAAGAGGGCAUGAACCAUAUCAACCAAGACAUGAAGGAAGCCGAGAAAAAUUUAAAAGAUUUAGGGAAAUGCUGUGGGCUUUUCAUAUGUCCAUGUAACAAAAUGAAGAGUGGAGCCAGCAAGGCCUGGGGGAACAACCAGGACGGGGUUGUGGCCAGCCAGCCCGCCCGCGUGGUGGACGAGCGCGAACAGAUGGCCAUCAGCGGAGGCUUCAUCCGCAGGGUAACAGACGAUGCCCGGGAAAAUGAGAUGGACGAGAACCUGGAGCAGGUGGGCGGCAUCAUCGGCAACCUGCGGCACAUGGCCCUGGACAUGGGCAACGAGAUCGACACGCAGAACCGCCAGAUCGACAGGAUCAUGGAGAAGGCCGACUCCAACAAGACUAGAAUCGACGAGGCCAACCAGCGCGCCACAAAGAUGCUGGGCAGUGGCUAGGCGGCCCGAGGCAGGAGCGCUGUCUUCCUCGGCGCCCCGCGCCACACGUCAACCGGCGCUGACAUGCUUUCAUCAUGGUAUUGACCUUCUAGGUUUGCACACAUGCACAUAUCACCUCCCCUUCCUCCAUUUAAAUGUCGUUCUGUGUCGUCUGUCGAGCUUUUUCAAGAUGAUUGUCCUCGUACAAAGAUGAUUUCUUAUACUCCGUAUAUCAUUCUUUCCAAAGGUUGUAUAUAGUGCUGACUUGAUGGCUCUCUAGCUCACUUGUGAAGUUUUUAUUCUCUUUAUCUCUCUCUAUCUCGCUACAUACAUACAUAAAAUAUACAUAUAUAUACCUAUACACAUAUCUGUGUUUAUAGAUAUAUAUAUCUAUAUAUAUCUGAAAUAAACUACACUGCUCUGGAUGACAAGUAUAUAAUAGGAAUGCGAAACAAGCUCUUUGUUUUCUUCUUUUCCUUUUCAGUAUCUCAGUAUUGUCUUUGUAAAGCUGUGUCAUUCCAUUCAGGCUACUGUCAUGCUCCUUAUUUGGUGUUGUCACGACAACAGAGGGAGCAGCGCGAUUAAAAAGACACCAGUAAUGCGGAUGAUGAUGGUGGUGGUGACGAUGGUAACCACGGCAACCGCGCAGCGGUACAGCUGAACGAGAUUGCAAAAGAGCGCUUACAAUCAGAAAAAAAGCGGCGGUUGUCGAUGCGUUUUCCCUGAAUUGCAAUCACACUGAGUUACUGUUUAGACAAUGUGCAACUAGACUCUCUGUAGCUGUAUUAGACAUUGCAUUCCAAGUGACGUGAAUUGUGCGUUCCUCUGCAUGACAAAUGGUAGAUUUUAGUCUCAUAAAUAAAAACCUGUCUGAAAAAUAUAUAUAAAAAUGCAAAAUGGAAAAAAAAAACCAAACGACAACAUGGCAGUAGCAAAUUGACGAAAAACGCAUGCUCGGUAUUAGGACACAGUUGUUCGUUCCAUGCCCCUGCAAGUUUUGCAAUAGUGCCACUCUUUCUGUCUCGAUAUAUUUACCGACUGUGACCAUCUCGUUGUACAAUAAAUGCAAAGGGGAUCAAAAGAGGCGAGAUAAAGGUGGGGGGGGGGGAAACAACAACAAAAAAAACAAACCGUGAGGACUCUGUGGGGGGUUGUGUUGCAAAAAACAAAAACAAAAAAAAGACCUGUUUUCUAAACUAUUAUGCAGUUCAUUGAUGAUGAAGAUGUUGAUUAUGUGUUGAAAGAGGAGGACUGGCUGUGUACUGUAUCAUAGGUUUUGGAUGCUCUGAAAAAUAAACGAAUAAAUAAAAGUUUGCAAUGUAAAGCAAAGACACAUAUUUCUGAGAGACCUUACUUUUAUAAGAAGACUGUAUCUGUAAGUUUAUUCUCCCCCGUGUGGUUUGUUAUUGGUAAAUAAUAUAUACUGGUAUUAUGAAAUGACAAUAACUACACUCUAAAACGAAACAAAAAAAUAUAUAUACCAAGUUUUUCUUUCCUUUCUUUUUUUUUUUCUUUUUGUUCUUUGCUUCUGUACUUUAGAGCUAUGCACACCAAAUCGCCAAAAUGUUCAGUAGUUACAGCAAGGUGAAUAAAAACCCUAAACCUGAAUGACACAAUAGGUUCAACUGUGAGAUCGAUGUCCUCAAUGCAUGUAAUAGUAACGACCCCCCUCUCUGUAUCCUGUCAGUGUGUGCAGUGGUGGACAUUUUGUAGCUAGCUGAAUUGAUUAAAAGUAAUAAACCCCA